ACCAUGCCUCCGAAAAACCAGCCUAGCAAAAAGACAGAAAACAAGCAGAAGGAGAAGGUGAUAGAGGACAAGACAUUUGGACUGAAGAAUAAAAAAGGGGCGAAACAGCAGAAGUUCAUUCAACAGGUGCAAAGUCAAGUGAAACAACAGUCGACGUCGAAAGAGAAAGACUUAGAGCUACAAAAGAAGAAAGAAAAGGACCGCAAACAGAAAGAACUCGAUGAAUUGAACGAACUUUUCAAAUCAGUCGAGCAAACCGCGCCCAAAGGCGUUGACCCAAAGUCCAUAGUAUGUGAAAUGUUUAAGAAAGCUAAGUGCACAAAAGGAGAUAAGUGUAAAUUUUCUCAUGAUUUGAACGUGAACAGAAAGACACAGAAGAUCAAUAUUUAUGAAGAUAAACGAGACGCGCAAUUGGGUCCACUGCAACCUGAAACAUUUUUAGCCAGUGAUGAUCCAAGUAAAACUGAUAUCGUUUGCAAACAUUUCUUAGAAGCUGUUGAAAAGAAGCUAUACGGAUGGUUUUGGCAAUGCCCAAAUGGAGGAAAUCAGUGCAAGUAUAGACACGCAUUACCGGAGGGUUACGUUUUGAAAAACCAGAAGAAGGAUGAAGACGAGGAAGAAAAUCAGAUAUCUCUGGAAGAUUUAAUUGAGAAAGAGCGUGCUAUGAUUUCAGACACAACGAAAAUAACUCUGGAAACAUUUUUGAUCUGGAAGAAAAAGAAACUUAAGGAACGCGCCGAGAAGCAAGUUACAGAAACUGCCAAGAAACAGGCGGAUUUCAAAAAAGACAAGACGCAAGGUCUGAGCGGGCGCGAAAUGUUUACUUUUCAAUCAUCACAAGAGCAGGGGUACAAGGACGACGAAGCGGGAGGCGACGGACAGGUAUUUGAUUACAAGCGCGAAGAUGGCGCUGAUGGAGCUUCGGGCCCGGUCAGGGAAAUUAAUCUCGAGGAGUUUUCGAUGCAGAUUAUUGAAGAGAACGAGGCAGAGCUGGCCAAGCAACUCGCAGGCGAGAAGGCUUCAAAAAGCCAAAAGGAUGCGAAACCUGAAAUGAACGGCAAAACUGAAAAUGGCAAGUCUGAUAAAGCCAGCAGCUCAAAGACGGCUAAUGGUGCUGGCUCACCUUCAAGUUACAAUCCGGCGGUUUCAUUACCAGCGGAUGAACAACCAGGAACAAGUUCUAGUAACGGAGCGACUAUGGAAAUUGACGAAGACUUGUUUGCUCAGGAGUUAAAUCAGCUUGAUGACCUUGAUUUAAGUGACGAUGAUGAUGAAGAUGAGGAAACGAACUGAUUUGAACUGAUCUUAAUUGUGACCGAAGUUACUGCUUUUUAAAAUUUGACCUAAUUUUUUUGAGACGAUUAAUGUGUUUCCUAGAACCAUGGUUUCAUAAUGAUUCUAGGUAAAAUAAUAAAAAGCAGUUACUGAGCAGUUUCCAUAUACGUGUCAGGUCAAUGCAGCACCUUUUGAGGUUCUUGAACUAAUUAUUUGGAUCCAAUGUGGAAAUGUUAAUUCAAAACGUAUCAAAAA